AUGCAAAAAGAAAGAAAAAACCUUUACAACUCAAUCUCCACCUCUGCCUCCGCUUCCCCGACUAUUCCGACCGCCGCCCUAAUUUCCACCUCCCUCUACCACUUCCAGCCGCCCCCCUCCUCCAUCUCCGCCGUGUACCUCGAGAGCUCCAAUUACCUCGACCACAGCAACGCACAGUAUCCAUCCCCGCCAGACCUUCUACACUGGCACAGCCAUCCAACGCCGCCGAUCACUAUCCAACCCCGCCGGCUCCGCCAUUCCCGACUUCUCCAGCGGCCGCCACUCCGGCGAAGGCCACUACACCCACCGAAAACCGCAUUAUAUUCCUUACCUUCACCAAUCAAAGCUGCUGCCGGAAACUGCAUCUGCUCCUCCGCCCGCCACCUCCAGAACUCCGGUUACUUCUCCGAUCAACGCCGCCCUCAGCCCUCUCCAUCCAGUCAGAUCCGCCUCAAAAUCAAAACUCCGGCCGCAGUCAAAAUUACCGCCGAGCCAUCCGAUCUCGAGGGUUUGGAGGCAAAAAAUCGACCGCCCACAAAGAAACCACUGACGCCGUCGAGCUCCGGUAAUACCAACUCGGCAAGAACACACCAGCAACAUCGAAAAUCUAAACUAAAAUCGAAAAUCGAAAAUAAAAUAGACGAACACGAAAUCGAAACUAAAAUCGUCAGGAUGUGGUCAACCGGUGAGGUCUUCCCAUGGCUGAGAAAGAUCAGGCGGCUUAUCGGCGCUAAUGGCGGAGAUUGUGUGGAGACAGAAUGA